AUGGAGGGGUUGCGCGAUCUGGACACCCCAAGUCGUUGGUGCUUCUUGGGGCAAUCACAUCGAAUGGCAAGAACUGACCUUAUUGGAGAAGAAUUAAGGCGUGUUGUAGAAAGAGGUACUCCCCUGGGCAAAAUCCCAUUUUGGCAACCGGACACGGGCUUAUUAACAGCAUUCAGCUCCAGCGCACAGGUCCAAGACUUCAUCUCGUCGAACGAUUGGCUCCCGAACAGUCCAGACCUUAAUCCAUUGGUUCUUAAGACGAAAGCCUGUUCUACUCAGCAUAGAAGUUUGGAUGCUCAAGUGCAAACCUCGUUAAAGCAUGAGAGGAACUGGACUAAGACUACCUAA